UGGGGUUGCUCUUUCCAAAGCUAUUGGUAAGUGAAUUGUCUGAAACAGCUGUGACUGCCCUUUGUAAGUUAGAAAUAUGCAAGUCUGCUGUCAGCAUGAUAUACGUUUAUAAACAUGUAUGCAGAUAGAGAGAGUUUACCAGGUACCAACAUGUUUAACCCCUUAAGGACCAAGCUUCUGGAAUAAAAGGGAAUCAUGACAUGUCACACAUCAUGUGUCCUUAAGGGGUUAAAGGACCACUAUAGGCACCCAGACCACUUCAGCUUUAUGAAGUGGUCUGGGUGCCAGGUCCAUUUAGGUUUAACCCUUUUUGCACUAAACAUAGCAGUUUCAGAGAAACUAUGUUUACCUAUGGGUUAAUCCAGCCUCUAUUGCCCCCCCGGCCCCCACCCCUGAGCGGCGGGUGGGGGCCCUACAGUAAAAUAAGGGGGGGGGACCUAAUGUCACCCUGAGCGGUGGGUGGGGGCCCUAAAUUAUAAGAAGGGGGGCCUAAUGUCCUGGCCCCCACCCCUGAGCGGCAGGUGGGGGCCCAAAAUACUAAUAAGGGAGGGACCCCCCGAUUAUUUUACAUUAGGGCCCCCAACCGCUGCUCAGGGGUGGGGGCAGGGGGGGCAAUAGGUCUGCGUCUCGUGAGGGUGGCUGCUCACUGUUUAAUAGACAUGCCCCUACUCGCAGUAUAGCGAGUAGGGGCAAAAAUGGACUAAUUCGAAUUUUUACUUAGUAUUAGUAAAUUUGGCUGAAAGACCAAUUUAGGUCUUUCAGCCUUUUAGUAGAUAACUCCCUAAUACCGUGGGAAUUUAUGGAGUUAUCUACUUAUUCAUUCCUGUCAUUAUAUUGACAGGCUAAGUAACUUACAUUUCCUGGCUAAUCAUGGCAGCAUCACUUAUGGGUUAGCUCCGCCCAAUCAGGUACAGGACAGGAAAAAUCUAUUAAUCUGUACCCGACUGGGGUAUAAAAGGUCCCUCCUCCUUCCAACCCACAGUCUUUUUUCCUGUCCUUUCAGGACAAACAGGAUAAAAAAUGUUUUGGGGGGCCACCUUCCCAUGUGUACCAUGGGCCUCCAGAUGAAGUUCAGCCUCUCUUCAUCUGAAGAACUCAGUAAACAGCCUGCACAUGCACAGGCAGAACUAACUGAGUUAGGUACAGAUUAUUAUCUGUACCAUAGUGUGGGAGAAAUUAUAUAUAUAUAUAUAUAUAUAUAUAUAUAUAUAUAUAUAUAUAUAUAUAUAUAUGUUUAUAUAUAUAUAUAUAUAUAUAUAUAUAUAUUUGAUGUGGGGUCAGCUGUAGCUUUAAAAAUUCCCCUUCUAAAACAUCAAAACCCCCCUGAUCGGAAGGAAGAGUAUUUUGGAGAAGCCAGGGUAAGUUUUAAUUUUGAAUCAUAUUAUGCUUAGGAUCUCUUGUAUAUUCUUACCUGAGCUGUAUAAUCAUUGGUGUGAGUCACAGAGUGCAGACGUUUCUUCUUCCGAUCCUGGGCUCUUCUGUGCUCGGUUUCCAGAGCAAGUGCAGUACCGGCGGUGUCCGGUGGGCACUCUGCGCAUGCGCGCAUUAAUUUCGCGCUUAAAGGGAUAUCGUGCCAAAAAAUAAGUUUUGCAUUUGAGCGGUUUUGCUGUUAACAACCUCCCUGGUCAUCUGGUAACAAGGAAAGCUGCCUCUUACAUCCAGAUUCUGUCUUAAAGGUAAAUAUCUUGUUUUAUGAAUUUUUUUUCCAAACUUAAAUUUUUUUAUUUAUUUCUUAAGUACAGUAUUAAGUAUUAAUUAUUCAUUAUAGAUGGCUUCUCCCUGUGCCUCAAGAUCUCGCUCUAGAAGACAUAGAUGAGCCUCAAUAAAUUCCUUUUUUAAGGGGGGAAAAGAGUGCCAAAAUAGGCCUAUAAUAUAUUAUAUAUUGGCCUCUAUUUCAGCCCAGAAAGAUCUCAAGAGAAUUCUCCCAGAAAAUAUAGAGAAACGUCUAAUAGAUGUGCGAACUGUAACCAAGUGGCUCCUCCUGGGAAUAAUUUGUGCAAAGCUUGCCUGGCGGAAGCAGCUAAUGAAUGGGAAAAGAAAAGUUCCCCACAGGCUGAUUUAAAAAAAUGGAUAUCAGAAACUAUUGCAGAAGGCUUCAAAUCUUCAAAUAAAAUGAUUACCUCUAAGCGUCCUAGAGUGGAGAGUUAUGUAGAAUCGGAAGAAGAUUCUGACUUAAUGGAAGAAUUUUCAGAGGAAGAAGAUUAAGAUAGUUUCUCAAGAUCCCUGGAUUCCAGGGCUGUUGAUAAAUUGGUUUAUCUUAUCAGAGGAACCUUAAGAAUCCCUGAAGAGAGUACGGAAAAGAAGGAAUCUGACAGAUAUUUCGAAGAUCUGAAGUCCAACAGGCCCUCCUUUCUGGUCCACACUGCUAUUAAGGAGGUCAUCCAGGAAUAGAUCAGAGAGAAAGGUUACUUUAAAGAGUAAAACUCCCAGAUUAUAUCCGUAUGCUCAAGAGGACUGCAAAUCGUGGAUUUCUGUUCCAAAAAUUGAUGCAGCAGUCAUCCAUAUGGCAAAAAGAACGACUCUUCCCAUAGACUCCAUGGCAUACUUAAGAGAGCCAAUGGAAAAGCGAUUGGACGCUAACCUUAUCAAAGCAUACCUGGCUCUGGGAUCAGCAUUACAUCCUGCUAUUGCCUUAACCACCUUGUCCAGGGCACUCAAAAUUUGGAUAGAUAAUCUAGAAGAGGAUAUUAAUAGAGGAGUCCGUAGAGAACACCUGAUGGAGGGCCUUAAGGAUUUAAAACUAGCCACAGAAUUUUGUUCUGAAGCUUCACUGGAUGUUACCAAGAUGGUAGCAAAAAGUAUGGCACUGUCGGUAGCAUCCAGGAGAGCAUUAUGGCUUCACUCCUGGGGUGCAGAUUACGCUUCUAAGGCUUCUCUAUGUGCGCUCCCAUUUCAAGGUGACCUGCUUUUUGGUAAAGUCUUAGAAGAUGCAAUUCAUAAAGCAGCUGAUGGGAGAAAAGCCUUUCUUCCACAAGGGAAAAUAAGAUUUAGUGCAUCUUACUGGAAAGAUAAAAAAUUCAGAGACCGAUCCUUUCGAGAUAGCAGAGCAUAUAGACCCGGGAAAGAAUACAGAAAUUCUAACUGGAGAAGCUAUCAGACAUCUACAUCAAAACCUGUUAGAGGAAGAGGAUCUCGACCACCCAGUAAAAACUUCUGAACGUUUGCUGGCCCAGCCAGAUGUCAUAGGAGGCAGACUUCGCUUCUUUUAUCCGGUUUGGGCCAAGAAUAUUCAAGAUUCUUGGGUUCUUUCUAUUCUAAUGAAAGGAUACAAGAUAGAAUCCAAGGAAUUCCCUUAUCAAAACACUUUCAUUCGUUCAAGAGUUUCAAAAGGAAGAAAAGAAAUCGCUCUGAACAACAUUAUUUCCCAGAUGCUGUAGAACCAGGUUAUAGAAAAGGUUCCUUACAGAGAGCGUUUCAGCGGCCAUUAUUCCACUAUAUUUCUGGCCCCAAAACCCCAGGGAAAAUGGCGUCUAAUUCUGGAUCUAAAAGGUCUGAAUACAAAAUUGAUGACAAGAACAUUCAAGAUGGAGUCUAUUACCACUAUCCUGCCCAAUAUAAAGCCGGGGAACUGGAUGACAUCUAUCGAUCUCAAAGAUGCCUAUUAUCAAAUACCUAUUCACGACAGUCAUCGCCGGUUCCUGAGGUUCUGGAUUUCGGGGAAUCACUACCAGUUCAAGGGACUUCCCUUCAGAUUAAGUUUGGCCCCCAGAACGUUCUCAAAGAUCCUUAUUUCCCUUGUGGCCUUUAUAAGGACAAAGAACAUCAAGCUUUAUCAUUAUCUGGACGAUUUUCAAAUCAUAGGUCCAUCCAGACAAAUUGUGAAUCUCCACACAAGAAUUACCAUCACAUACCUUCAAGAGCAUGGUUGGUUGAUAAAUCCCAAAAAGAGUUCUUUGGUUCCUUCACAGAGGAUGAUAUUCCUGGGAGCAAAUAUAGAUUCGGUGAAAGGCAUGGUAUCUCUAUCUACAGAAAGAAAGGAGCAAAUCGUGAAGAAAAGCAGAGGACUGCGUCAAAAAUCCUACAUCUCAGCAAGAGAAUUUAUGAGCCUAUUAGGGUCUCUUACUUCCACGAUAGGCCUAGUGAAAUGGGCCCAAUGGAAGAUGCGACCUAUUCAGAGGCAUUUUCUCAUACAGUUCAAUACAAAAACAGGGAAUUGGGAUCAGAAGAUUUGUUUCCUCCCGAGGAUUUUAAAAGAUCUGUAUUGGUGGACAAAAGAAGAAAAUGUCGAGGGUUUUCCCUUGGUAGAACCGGUUUGGAUAACCAUAACAACAGAUGACAGCCUCCUGGGAUGGGGAGCACACUUGAACAACUCGUGGAUUCAAGGAACAUGGUCAUGGAAGGAGUCAAAACUUCAUUCAAAUUUAAGAGAAAUGAGAGUGGUUCUCAGGUCGCUAAAGGGCUUCCGUCAUCUCUUGAGGGAUGCUUGGGUGAGAAUACAUACAGACAACAGAGCGGUUGCAUCUUAAAUAAAUCACCAGGGAGGCACCCGAAGCUAUUCUCUUCUGAUGGAACUAUCUCCUAUAAUGAAGUUUGCGCAACUCCAUUUACAAGGAUUGAAAGCAGUUUACCUUCCAGGGCCAGAAAAAUUAUUGGCAGACUAUCUCAGCAGAACAAGGAUUCUCCAAGGAGAGUGGAAAUUGCACCCGGAAUUAUUUGGUUGGGAGUACCCCAGAUCAAUCUUAUGGCAUCAUACAACAAUGCCCAGGUAGAAAAGUUUUACUCUCUACAUGCGGAUCAUCGAGCAGCAGGACAGGAUGCUCUGUCCCUUACAUGGAAAUUUGACCUGGGGUAUGCGUUCCCUCCCCUACCUAUGAUUUACAGACUACUAAGAAAGAUAUGGAAAGAAGGUCUCAAGGUAAUUGCCAUCAUCCCAAUUUGGCCUUGCAGACCUUGGUUUCCUCUCCUGAACAAGUUGAACCUGGAACUUCCUUGGCCUCUUCCUCACAGACCAGACAUCUUGACUCAGGGACCGGCUGUUCAUCCGAACCCCAGCCAGCUGAAAUUGGGGGCAUGGCUCUUGAAAAGGAGAGACUUCUAGCUCAAGGUAUCUCGGAGUCUGUGGUUAAUACCCUCCUUAAAUCCAGAAAAGGGUCGACUUCUUCUUGCUACCAUAAGAUAUGGGAGGUGUUUCGUUCCUGGUCUCAAGCUAACAAUGUUAAUUUUCUGCAGCCCUCUAACAUUAACAUUCUAAAUUUUCUUCAUACAGGACUGGAGAAAGGGCUGAGUCUUAGUACUCUGAAAGUCCAAUUAUCAGCUUUAUCUGCUCUCUGCAACAAGUCAUGGGCAUCUGAUCCUAUUAUUGCCAGAUUCUUUAAAGCAACCAUUCGGAUAAGACCUCCGAAAAGGAAUUAUUCUCCGCCUUGGAAUUUACCGAUGGUAUUGGAGGUUUUGUCUGAAAACCCCUUUGCUCCUUUAGAUGAGCUGGGUAUUGUCUUACUUACAUAUAAGACCUUGUUUCUGGUGGCUAUAGCUACGGCAAAACGCAUUUCAGAAAUCCAUGCAUUCUCAUGUGAUGAAAACCAUUUUCAGGUAUUCCACGACAGGGUGGUUUUAAGACCUAAACAAGAGUUUCUGCCUAAAGUAGUCUCGAAUUUCCACAUUCUACAGGAAGUUGUUAUUCGUUCCUUUUAUCCAUCUAAUUCUUCUCCAGCAGAAGUGAAACUUCAUCAGUUGGACGUCAGACAGUGUCUAGUCAAAUACGUUGACGUUUCAAAUCAAUUUCGAAAGUCUCAACAGCUGUUCGUUCUUCCGAUAGGUCCCAGGAGAGGGGAAGCAGCCUCUACCUCCACCUUGAGACGCUGGAUCUCCAAUACUAUAAUCAAGGCUUAUCAAUUAAAAGACCUUACUCCUCCUAGUAAGAUCAAGUCUCACUCUACAAGGGCUUUAGCAACAUCAUGGGCAAAUUGGGCAGAAGUUCCAGCUGACGACAUCUGUAAGGCAGCUACAUGCACUACAAAUUGGAUUUGGCAUCAUCCUGUGUGGCCUUUGGUAGAGGUGUUCUAUCCUCUGUUGAGUCUAUCUAAUUAAACUUGUUUCAGCAUUAUCUGGUUUAGAGUAAUUUUUUUUUAGGUUUCCCACCCUAUGGUGAAGCUUUGGUAUUACCCAUCAGUGAUGCUGCCAUGAUUAGCCAGGAAUACAGAAAAUGUUAUCAUACUUACCGUAAUUUUCUUUUCCUGGCUAUUAUUCAUGGCAGCAUCAGCAACCCUCCCUUAAGAUUUUAUGAAGCUUUGGAACUCAACUGUGGGAUGGAAGGAAGAGGGACCUUUUAUACCCCAGUCGGGUCCAGAUUAAUUGAUUUUUCUUGUCCUGUACCUGAUUGGGAUGGAGCUAACCCAUAAGUGAUGCUGCCAUGAAUAAUAGCCAGGAAAAGAAAAUUACGGUAAGUAUGAUAAGAUUUUCUGUAUUUAUAUGAAUGUGUGUUACUUGAUUGUUGUAAGUGUUUCAAAUGCUUACAGCUGAAUCCUGGCUAUGUUUGUAUACUUUUUAUUUAAAAUUGUAUACAAUGUAACAUUCUUCUUCUUUCGUUGGGUAAGUAUAUUAGUACUUAGGCAAUACUGUGCUUCGGCACUUUGACACUUCAGAACUUCGUCAACUUCGGAAAUUCGACACUUCGGGACCAACAUCCAAUGAUCUCAGCCAAUCCAGUGCUUUCCCAUAUGAAAGCAUUGGGAAACUAGCGCACUUGAAGGGCAUAACACCAAUCUGUGCCAAUCAGAUAGUCCCUUUAAGACAGUCUGACUAAAAUAGCUGAGUUUUUCUUUGAUAUUACACCUCUAGUGUCAAUGUUUUUAGCUGCAGGGUUGAAACAGGGGGGCACAUGGCAAAUAUAAACAUGCCUAUAGUGUUCAUUAAACAGGAAAUCAGACCGUAUGUUCUCUGAACUGCAUUAUAUGAAAAAUCCCCUGGGUGUCACCAAAGAGUUUAAGUUUUGAUUGUGAGGAAACCUAAUACUUCAUACAUUCAAUUCUUGGUUAGAAUUUGGAUUCUUAACAUAUAAAAAAAAUUAUAAUUUUGUGAACAGCACCACUGUCAACAUUUUCAGUAAUGAUCAACCACUUGAUGUUAUAACCUAUUUACUGAGAUUAGAAGAACUCUGGACUCGAACCAGAAAAGUAAUUCCUUGAACCUGCUGGGACAUGGGGCCAAUCACGCCUUCUUUAAUGAGGGCUAAAUAUUCCCUGCUGGACCCUGCACGCUAUUAGACAUAGCUCUGUCAAAUUCAAACAACUUCUAUAAAAAGUAUAGUCAGAUGCACUUUGGAUCUGAGAAACAAGUGUUAUACUUGGCCUUUAGCACAAAGAUGUGAAUACAGUCAGUAAGUGUUUACACUGCUACUUGACUAUUUAUCUUUAAUAUGUCAUUGUUACAAUGCCCAGUGUCCAGUACCAGCAUUAAAAAAAAAAAUAUGGAGCCGGGUAAAAGUUACAUGAAAAUAGCCUUUACUUGGAUCCAUGUGUCUAUAUCUAAUUAGUUAGACUAACAUAGAACACUCUCCACAUGGAAUAGACAUUUCCAUAGAGAAACUUAGAAACAGAGCUUUGGUGUGAAAGUUGGAUAUAUUUAAACGUAUUGUAUUGUAUUGACAUGUAUUAUUUCCAUACAUGUCCCUAUUUUUUACCAGCCAUCCCCUACAUGCUGCCAUCUAUUAGGCUGAAGAAACUGAAUUUUUGGUGGACAAAUAAACAGGUUAUUGUGGUAAGAGAAGUUGGAAUUACAGGAACAGAAGGUGCUGAGGGCCCUGCACAAAUGAGCUUACAUUCUAAGUGUAGUGGGGUAUAAUUACCAAAAAUGAAUGGUAACGUGUAUUUUAUACACAGUAUAAAUUGAAAGCAAAUUAUGUCUACAAUAAAUAAGAUUUAUAAGCAUUAUAUGAUGCAGUUAAUGAAAAGGAAGAGAAUUGGGUUAUCUGAGUGUGAGGUGUGAAGAGGGAAAAAAGUUGUUACUAUUUAAUUUAUGCUUCUCAAUUUAGGGUUGAGUGGGAGUAUGAUUAUCAAAUGAAACAUAUAAAUAGUUUAAUAGUACAAUAAUAGGUUUACCUAUGUUUACCUAGGCCAAGCCUUGGUGUUUAUUAAAAUGUAUUUUAAAAGGCUUAACAUUUUUUUUAUUUUAAAGGCAGUAACAACAUUAACUACAUAUAGCACAUUCAUUAUUAACCUUUUAACAUGACUAAAUGCCAGUCAGUCGUAAGUAACUUAACUAUAAUUUCCAUUAAAGGAACAUUGUAGGCACUAUAACAGCUUGAUGUUGAAGUUGUUUUAGUGUCAUAAAUAUGUCUCCUUUGUCCUGUUCUCCACUUCUUUUUGUUUCAUGUGUUUUAUGACUUGAAAUCAUGGCUUCUAACCAUGCCUCCAAGUCCUCUGAUUAUGGGAAUGGUAAUUCCUGGGUCUUUUAACGGCCCACACUAUGGCACCAGCACACAUACACAGGGUAAUUGUCACGAUGCCCGUCAGGUCCGCUCCUGCCUGAGAGCGGUAUGGGUCCCGGCAGGUGCGUAUCAUUGCGGCAGCAUUCCCACAUCGCAAAGGGAAAGCUGCUGACUACUCAGCCGUUCUGCAGGCACCUGCUGCGUCCACUUAUGCCCGAGAGCGGACUGGGACUCAGUGGGCGCAUCUCGUUGUGGCGGCAUUCCCACAUGUUAAUGGGAAUGCCCCCAAUUACUUACCUCCUCCUGCGAUGCCUGCUGUCCACUGACAGGCACUCCUCCCUUCUCACAGUGGCCGGGUCUUAAAUCAUUAGAGACGCCAGUCGCUGCAAGUAAGAACCUUUUAAGGUUCUUGCUUAACCCUAUGAGUGCCUACACUUUGGAAACGUGUGUGACUGUCAUAUGCUCCCCUGCAAUCAAUGUGCACCUUAAGCUAUUUAAACCAUAUUCCUGUGCCCUGUCGUGGUUUCCAUUCUGGUUAUCCGAGAGCGUGUUUCUGGUACUGUUUCUUGUGUAUUUUGACCUUGGCUUUCCUAUUGACAUUCCGAUCUCUGUAUCCCUUGACCUUUGGCUUGGCUCCUGACUAUUCUGACUUCUGUAUUCCUUGCCCAACGCUUUUGUGUUUUCUGUGUUCUUGUCCUAAGCCUGUCUUGUGUUUUUUCCUUUUAUACGCUAAAUCCGGCCGUUCUAAGGCCCGGUAAUACGUCUUAGGGUUUUCUUUACUUUUUACUUAAGUUCUGCAUGUUGGGCAUAUUAGUAUAUCCUGACAGUAAUGCUUACUGUUUCUCAUAGAGAAACAUUGUGUUCAAUGCUUUGGUAUUAGAAGCAUUUGAUUGACAGGUUGCCACGCGUGCACUAUAGGUCAAUAAUGCUUCUUUAAGAGAAGCAUUGGAUUGGACCAAUAUCAUCACACUUGACGCCGUAGAGGGCAGUGUGGGAGGCUGUGAGGGGGCUCUUGUCAGCGCUGGGAUAAAGGUCAGUAAAUUAUUUGUUUUAUAACGUAUUAAUUUAAAGAGGUUGCAAUAUAUAUGAAUUGUCAAAUUAACACAAUUACUAAAAAUACAGUUUAUUUACAGAAUACAGUGUUCCAUCCUCUCUUAUUAACCAGAAGGAUGACUUUCCCCUUUAAUUCCCACAAACACCAUUACAAUAACAAUACAAAAUAGAGAAGGAAUGGCUUGGGUAGGUCCUUCUUUACCUUCGAGCAGCAGUCACAGAGGUGUACCCACAAUAGGGACUUAUAUAAUCAGCAUUUUCCCCAGUGGCGUCACUGAGGGGUGCCAGAGGGGGCCAUGGCCCCCCCCCCUACAUCAUGCUGUGCCACCCCUUGGGCCCCCCAAAUGCCAGCAACUUGUUCUUACAUUCUAUUCCCUCGGGCUGUAACAGUGUGUGAGUGUGUGACAACACGGGGGAGGGAAUGCAGGGCAGAGGAGCUCAGCUGGAACGGUGCUGGGAGCUGUCUGUGGCCGGAGGGAGCACUGACAGGCUCCCCCGCAGGGCCCCGUCCCCAAACGAAGCCCCGCCUCCCGCACAUAAGCCCCACCGUUAAGCAGCAGACCAUGCUACUGCUGGAAAGGCAAGAAGAUGGCUGUCUGACCCCCAGCAACAGGUAGGCUUGAUAUGCUCAGGUGUGUGUGUGUGUGUGUAUGGACUCAGCACUGUGUGUGUAUGGACUCAGCAGUCUGUAUGUGUGUAUGGACUCAGCAGUCUUUGUGUGUGUGUGUGUGUGUGUGUGUGUGUGUGUGUGUGUGUAUGAACUCAGCAGUCUGUGUGUAUGAACUCAGAUGUCUGUGUGUGUGUAUGGACUCAGAAGUCUUUUUUUUUGUUUGUUUAUAAAGCUUUUAUUGGGUUUUCAAGAAUGGUCACAAUCAGAUCAAGAGGGUACAAAAGAGGAAAAGGAAGGGGAGGUGGGGGGAUGUACACAUUUACAUCCAGAGUGACAACUGACAUUUUGUUAGUAUAAUACAUUUUCAAAUAGGUACAAUUUAGAGUAUAUACAGUAUUGAGUAGGUAGAACUUGGCAGGAAACAUACAUUUGUUAACAUAGCUCUAGAAGUUGAGACAACAAAUUAAGACUUGCACCACGGUAUAGACUAAGACUGGACCUUAUCUUUAACUUGGACCUGUCCUUGACUCAGGGAGGGUGUUCUUGUUUUUCGCUGUGAUUUUUAAGCAGUAUAGUGUCACUAUAUGGUUUGGUGUUGUAAGUUGUCCUCCCCUAUCUACCUGUUUGCGUAUGUGUCAUUUCUAGCCCGGUGAUGGUCACCCAGGGUGUUAGUCCCGUGCCGGUAUAUGUAGCACACAGCUGUGUUGACAGUGGUCUGUGUAGUAAUGUAGGCCGUGCAGCCUGGUCGUUACGGGUGGUUGUGUGCGUUAGAUAUCGGUGCUUACUCCUGUUCCAGGAGGCCUUUUCGGUGUGGAAUCUCCGUGUGAGAGGGUGUGAACUUUGAGGAAUCAAACAGAGUCCUCUGCUAAGAAUCUCACCAAUGGGUCCCACGUGUCCCUGAAAAGUGUGUAUCUAUAAGAGAUGGAGGCAUUGAUCUCUUCCAUGGUUUUGAUUGAUUCUACUUUAGUUACCCAUUCCCUGAUUGUGGGGAGUUCAGGAUUUUUCCAUUUUACUGGGAUGAGCAAGUUGGCUGCAGUCAGGAGAUGUGUCAGAAGGGCUUUCUGUGUCUUAGGGGUUGAGGUAGGUAGGAUCAGGAACAGCAGAGUGUGUGGGGUAUCCUGUAGUUGAGACCCCAUUACCAUAUUGAUCAUUUUGACAAUGUUAGUCCAGUACUUUUGCGUGAGCGGGCAGUGCCACCAGAUGUGAGCAAGGGACGCCUGUGGCUGGGAACAUUUCCAGCAGACAUCUGGUGUGCCUGGGAAGAUGUUGUUAAUUUUGGCCAGGGAGUAGUGCCACCUGGAUAUUCUCUUGUAUCCCCCUUUUUGUAUCUUAGUGCAUAUGGAUGCCUUGUGUAUUUGUGAUAGGGCAGUCCGCCAUUGUGGCGUCGUGAUCUGUAUAUUCAGGUCUGUUGACCAGGUGUCUGUGAAGGGGGGUAGCUGGGUGUCAUGGUCUGCCUGCAUGGUUUUGUAGAAGGUCGAUAACUGUUUCGUUUUGACGUUAUGGGUCAGGCAUUGUGUCUCAAAAUUGGAUAGGGUGCGGGGGCCCUUGAGUAAGAUUGUGUUGGCUCUUAGAAAAUGGGUCAUAUGUGCGUAGCGAAACGCUUGUAGUGCGUGCGGAGCCUCGGGGCCCACAAGACUAACCAGUGUCCGUAUAGAGUCCCUUUCGACAACUGAGCCUAGUGUCAGGUAGGGAGUGUCAAGCAUGUUGUUGUAUCGUUGGUAUGCCCCUGGUUGCAUUCCUGGGGGGAAGAGUGGGUUGUACAUGAUGGGAAAUAGGGGGGAUGGGUGGGGGGAAAUAUUACAAGCCUCUCGCAUGUUUGUCCACGUCUUAAAUGUGGGGGAGAUGGUGGGAUGGGCAUCGCUGCCUGAAAGCAGUUUGGAGGGGGCACUUCUCUGCCAUGGGAGCGUGUAGAGAGGUACUAGGCUUACCGCGGUUUCGAGGGCCAUUGUCGCGUCGAUGGGUGUUCCGUCCAGUCGUAUAUUCUGGUAAGAAUGACUGCCUUAUAAUAUCGUUCUAUGUGUGGGAGUCCUAGUCCUCCGCAGGACCUAUGUCUGGUGAGGACCUCAUAUGGGAUUCUAGGUUGUUUCUGUGCCCAGAUAAAGGUGGUGAAAAGCUGCCUGAGCUUAUUGAAGAAGGAUUUGGGUAUAGCUAUGGGCAGGGUUUGGAAGAGGUAGAGUAUCUUAGGGAGGGAGUUCAUUUUAAGAAUAUUGAUUCUACAGAGCCAAGAGAGCUGCGGUUUAUGCCAGGCUUGUAGGUCCUUCGAGAUGUCUUGGAGCAGUGGGUCAUAGUUCAGGACGUAUAUGGAGGAUAGGUCCGCCGAUAGGCGAAUUCCUAGGUACGUAAUGGAUUUAUCUGCCCAUUUGAAUGGGAAUGUGGCCUGCAGAUAUGUGCUUGAGGGGGGAGUAACUUGGAGUGGUAAUAUUUCGCUUUUUGUAAAGUUGACUUGAAAAUUGGAGAUUUUGUUAUACAGGCUGGUUUCUUCGAGGAGGGGGGAUAACGAGGUGGUAGGUGUUUGUGGACUCAGAAGUCUGUGUGUGUGUGUGUGUGGACUCAGCAGUCUGUGUGUGUGUGUGUGUGUUUGUGUGGACUCAGCACUGUGUGUGUAUGGACUCAGCAUUCUGUCUGUGUGUAUGGACUCAGCAGUCUGUAUGUGUGUAUGGACUCAGCAUUGUGUGUGUAUGGACUCAGCAGUCUGUAUGUGUGUAUCGACUCAGGAGUCUGUAUGUGUGUAUGAACUCAGCAGUGUGUGUGUAUGGACUCAGCACUGUGUGUGUAUGGACUCAGCAGUCUGUAUGUGUGUAUGGACUCAGCAGUCUGUCUGUGUGUAUGGUAUCAGCAGUCUUUGUGUGUGUGUGACUCAGAAGUCUGUGUGUUUGUGUUUGUGUGUGUGUGUGUGUGUGUGUGGACUCAGCAGUCUGUGUGUGUGUGGACUCAGCAGUCUAUGUGUCUGUGUUUGUAUGGACUCAGCAGUGUGUGUGUAUGGUCAGCAGUCUGUGUGUAAGGACUGUAUCAAGGGAAAUGUGUUUGUUUUUUAAUAAUCCUUGGUGGAAAAUAAUGAAUUCUCCACCAGGGAUUAUUAAAAAAACAAAACACAUUGUGUCGGGGGCGGGGCUUAACAUGCGGCAGGGGCGGGGUCAAACUGUGGUGAGGGUGGGGUUAAAUUUGCCCCCCUACUUUAGUCCCUGGCCCACCAUGAAUGAAUCGUAGAGAUGCCACUGAUUUUCCCACCAUUUUACCAUGCAACUCCUUCCUCAAAUAUUAAACCAUUCCCAGUCCUCCAGUAAUAGGCUUGUUGUCAUGUCUGAUGAUAGCUGGCUUACAACAGUCUCCGUCUCUUAAUCAGAAAAUAUUUACUGUUCACAACUCACACCAUGUGUGUCCAAUUCAUUUUGCUGAUAGACAAAUCCCUGCUGAAGCCCAUAUAUGAACGGGAGAGAGAGAGGAAAUCUGGAGGUGUGUCCAUCCCAGCAUGUCCUCACAGUUACUGCAGGAGCUGGUUAAGGACAAACUGUACAUUUCACAAAGCUACAUACUAGGUCCCAUAGUGGUACUCAAAGAACAGUUUGCAAUAAAAAUGGAGAUUCGGAGUACAAUUUCAUUCAAUAGUUUCCAUGUUCUUCUUUCCCUCACUCAGUUGCUUUAUGGAAAUAUUUGGGUAUGGAGCUUUUUUGCAAGGUACUAUUAGCUGAUUAAAAACUAAGAAUGGCUGAAAGGCUUCAGUUACUUAUUUGAGGAACGGGGCAGCAAUAGGAGGAAUAUUAAAGGUGUGUAAAGAUUCUGUGUGUGCUCUGCAUACAGGGUCCAUUUAAACUUACAUUGAGUCUGCCUUUACUUACAUGUGUUUCUCUGAGUCCACACACCUUGCUUUCUACAUUCAUACAGAAUGCAAACAUAUCCCAAAUUUUCUCCGCAGACCAGGAACCAUUAGACCAUUUGUUGGGAAUUGUCUGUAUUUACGUGUGAAACAAUGAACGCCACAGAACGCGAAUGUCUGGAGCUACAGCUUCUGGAGAUGGAAAUGCUUUUCUCAAUGUUCCCCAACAAAGAGGAGAUUGUUCUGGAAGAUACCAGUUCUGUUUUACGUGUACAGAGGUAUUUAGAAGGGAUUUGUGAGUCACUUCCACCACGCCUUGAUUUCUCACUAUAUCUCAAAACAGAGGCUUCAUCUGUAAGUAUUAUUAUUAUUACUUAUUAUCCUUUUAUUUAUAUUAUAUCUAUUUUAUAUCUCUACAGGACAGUUUUUUUUGUGUGUUUUUUUGUUUCUGAUUUGUCAUUAACUAAAUAUUAUAAUUUUUUUUGCAAUUCUUCAAGUUCUAUUAAACCAAUUCAAGGAAGAUAUUUCUGUUUUCCUCUACUUCCCGUGAAAUGCAUUCAUAUAGCACCUAUUGAAGCUGCAUUCUUCAUGGUAUGCAGUAUGUUGUUAAAGGAGCGUGAUGUUUGGCUACACAUGCCAACUUCCAAACCAUUGCUUCUAUAUGAGCUUUUACUAAAUAAGCUUUAUUUAACUUAAUUGUAUUAAUCAGAAGGGGUGGACAGAACAGAACCUAUAGUGUCAAAAUAGUGAUUGUCAUCCGUGAUCUGUUUCCUUAGAUCACAGCUCCGUCUAGAUUUUAAUGAAAGGGUCACAAUAACCAUUACAGUUCAAUGUUGUGUCUGUGGGUGCUGUCACAGGUUUUUGUUAAACAAUUUGGAAGUGGUGCCCCAGAGACUACAGCUAGAGCCUUUGUAAUGUGUGCCUUAAUAUGACACCUGUUCUGAUAUUUGCUCAUUAUAAAAUAACCACGUUCAAAAGUUAAGCAACUCCUCUUACACCAUUUAAAACUGUUGUCAUUUUGCCAGCUAGACUCAGACAUACAGACUUUUAAUAUUCUCAAUACAUCUUUUUCAGAUUAAGUUACAGAUGCACGUGUCACUUCCUCAUAACUACCCCAAAGCUGAACCCCAGCUAUUUGUGAGAUCCAGUGCACUGGACAGACAGCAACAAAACAUUCUGAACAAAUCCUUGGAAUCCUAUAUCAUGUCACUUGAUCGAGGAGAGCUCUGCAUCACUAAUGCUGCGCAGUGGUUGCAAGACAACAUCUCCUCUUAUGUGCAGAGCGCAAAGCCCAGUGAGGAAGCUGAGUCGUGUGUGGAUGAGAUUACAGACACCUUCCACAGAAUGUGGAUUUACAGCCACCACAUAUAUCGCCAAGAGUUAAGAAAAAAGAUCUUAGACUGUGCUAAGCGUCUAAACUUAACUGGAUUUUGUUUGACCGGGAAGCCUGGGGUGAUAUGUAUUGAAGGACUUAAAGGUCAAUGCGAAGAGUUCUGGCGUGACAUACGGUACCCAAACUGGAAACAUAUCUCAUGCAAACACACGGACAGUAAACAAGUAACUGGCAACCUCGAUGCCGUAAGACUGUUUAACUCAUUUGAGGAGUUACAGUUUGCCGCACAUGGGGAUUACGGGCUCCGCAAUGACUACCAUAUGGACUUGGGACAGUUUUUUGAAUACCUCAAACAACGUAAGAGUGAACAUAUAUUUCAGAUUCUAUUUGGCAUCGAGGGCAAAUCUUGAUGUAUUUACCAACAGAGAUAAAUGCUUGGAAUGAGUAAGUUUUUUUGUGUAUUUUCUAUCAAUAUUGCUCAAUUAAACCCUGUGAGCUGCAGAGAUGUGUAUAUAUAUAUAUAGAUGUAGAUCUAGAUAUCACAUGCCGCAACAUGUUCUGGUCUCUCUAUGCCCAUUAUUAGUGGAGGUUAUGCUCACAGAUCCUGAUAAUGAUAUUGCAGUAAAGGAACUGAGGUAACAAAAAACAGCACAAAUGGGUCAAAAGAUAAUGCCUGGAAAUGGAACUCGCACCAAUAUUAGGCAGACUGAAAUGUGUGUAUGGUGUUGCUGUCCCAGGGAAUGUUAACCUUAGACCUGCCAUUAAAAAUACGUAAUCAUGACAUAUAUAAUAAACCCAUUCUACCUCCUGUCUUGUGGCUGGCAUUCUACUAAGCACCAACACCACUAAUCCUGAGGACAACUGAUGUCACCUCAACACAAUGUUUUUAAUGUAAUAAUCCUUUCAUCAAGUUUUGAAAGGAAAUAGAUUCUGUGUUAAUUGAAGGAUAUGUAAAAAAAUCUCAUCCCUACCGUAAUUAUAUGACAGGAUCCUUAAGCCAUAUACAUAUACCUCAUGUCUAUGGUCUUCCUUGCUUCACUCCAUGCACAGUGCAGCGAAAGCAUUAGGCCAACUAACUGUCAGCAAUACAAACUUACAAAUUAAGCCCUGCUCUCAAACUCCCACUACUCUUAGGCGGCUAUGAGUAUAGUAAAUAUCAGCCCCAGUAUAUACAAUAAAAACCAAGGAAAAAAGUUACUUGCACAGUAUUCCAAUUCCCUAUGCACAUUUAAAUAAUUGGAGGAUUUUUAGCAUACUCCAAUGGCCAUUAAAGUGUAAGCUCAAUUGCCACGUCAAGGCAAAACCUCUUUGGUGAGUCCUACACUAACAAUUCACCAUGCUGUUUUAGCCAAAAGGCAAAAUCUCCAAUGAGACAGAGAGGGGUAUUUUUUUUUUUUAUACCCUUACAUACUUAUUAACCUGUAAUAGGUAUCACAUGGGGAGGGCGGCAGCAUUGUAACAUGGCUGUGUCAUACAAAAGCAAUUACAUAUUUCAUUGUACUUAUCCUGCCUGACAUACUGUACCAUUGGAUUUCCUUUUAUUUUUGUCUUUCACAUACAUCUGAAAGGAACCAAGGAGAUGGCCCCAUUUAUGAAGAAUACCAACCCACAUAACAUCUACCUAAAAAAAAAUAGAGGUAUUACCUUAUAUUUAAAGGACUAUCUUCAGGACUGUUAUACAAAUUGUCAAUUGUAUAUGUGCACUUGGCGCAGCCUUUGUUCUUUGUAUUUCCACUUGCCUCAUGUACCAUGAUACCGCAUUACUUCUGUUUUUUGGCAGUACAUGCACUCCCAUUUCUAAUGGACAAUAUUUUGUUCAAAUGUUCUCAUAUAUUAUAAAUAUUUUCACAAAUUAUUGAAACGUCCAUACUUUGGCUUGUGCUAUCAUGCAAUUGAACCUGAGAGAAGCAUAAUGGUGGCAUAUUUUAAUUGACAUGUCAAACUGUCCUUUUGUUGGUGCAACAAGUCUACAAUAUUUUGAGAUGUGAAAUAUAAAGCAUUUAAUGCAAUAUUUACUUAGCACUACAGAAACACGAAACCCAAUUUGGUCUCAUAUAGGAAGUAAUAGUUGAGGCUGUCAUGAUGCCUGUUAAGAAGGCAAAAAGUAUUUUCAUGUAUAUCUGACUCAAAAUAGAUUUACAAAUUUUUCCUGAUUGCCCAAUAUGUCUAGGAAUUCAAUUAACUUAUAAAUGUUAUAAAACAAACACUGCAAUGAGUGAAUUACAGAUUUAGAGCUAAAACGUUGCAAAUUUUUUUUGUGGUUUUUCACACACCAGAAGCUCUCUGUCUGAACAAUCCCCAGUGGUG